CUUUGUACAGUGAUUCUAAUGAAAUUAACAUAAGUUGUGGACUUAAUAUAGCAUUCGUGUUGUAUUUGUGUGCACAUGCUUCCAAAUCUAAAUUGUUAUGUGAGUAUCGCGUAUUUUAGAAUAAAUAAUAAUAAAUCCUCUUCAUCUGAAGGCAGCGCGGAGUUUAUUCUGGUAUCCCACAAUGCACCGCGGGAGGUAGCUGUUUCCACAGAGACGCGAACGGCGACUCGAAAAUGCUGCCUGGUUUCAAGAAAAUGAAUUAAAGUAUCAUUUGCCAUGUCUUCGGAAGAUGAGGAGCACUUUCAGGCUCUGCUCAAGCAGCUCCUGAAAACCAUCAAUGACCGGCUCUCUGGCGCUCCUUCACCUCAAAGUGCCGAGGAGAUCCUUCUUCAACUGGAGGAGACUGACAGGAACUUCCACAACUAUGAGUUAGUCAAGUACCUGCGUCACUAUGUGGAGACUUCACUGGGCAGCGUGGUGGACGAGGAGAUCAGGAAAUUGAGCGGUAAAGAUGGCCAACACAUCGGCUCAGGUCAUGACACGCUGAUCCACUCGGUGACCAACGGGAGCAGAGCUUCGGCACAGUACCUGCAGAUGACGCAGACUUUGAAAGCCACCAUGACGGCGGCGGUGGAGUCUUUGGUCAGCAGAUUUGAAGAGGACCAGCUGAGGAAGGGGGAGAUGCGCCAAAGGGAGGGGCAGCACAACCACUAUGCUGAUGACUGCUCGGACAGCGAUUCCUCCUUCAACCAGAGUUAUGCCUUCAUUAGGCAAGAGCAACUGCAGGCUUUGGCGGAGAAACUGGAUGCAAGUCAACCCAAGGAGGUGCGCAGGGAGGCUCUGCAGGUGCUCUGUUGUGCUCCUCCGUCUGACGUUCUGAGCUGUGAGAGCUGGGCCCACCUACGGCAGAACCUGUGUGCAGCUCUGAUCGAACCCGAUAGCGCUCUCAGAGAUCUCAUUCUUCGGUUCUUUGCAAAAAGCUUCUCCUCCUCACCUCUGAAUGUCACCCGGGAAAUCUACACCAGCUUGGCUAAAAGCGUGGAGACCAUUUUUCUGUCCCUGAAAUUGAGCUUGCCAAGCGUCCCGGCUGGCUUGGACAUCAACAGGCCUGAGAUCAGCUCACUCCUCAAGCAGAUGCGGCUGAUGAACGACUUUCAAAAGGAGGUGACCGCUUUCUGGAUCCGACAUCCGGAGAAGUACAUGGAGGAAAUCAUCGAGAGCACCUUUUCUCUUUUGUGUCUCCAUUGUGAGCCAGCCUCACAAGCUGAGGAGAAAGCCCUGGAGCCCAUUCACCUCCUGGCAGUCCUGGACGUUGAAGCCGCUUGGUUCAAAAAGUGGAUGCAUGGCUCCUACAGCAGGACCGUAGUUCUCAGACUCCUGCAGGGCAAAUACAAGAGUUUGAUGGAAGCAUCUGUGCAGCAGUGCGUCCUCUACCUGGAGUCAGGCCAGACUUCCACUCAUCUCCAGUGUGAGGAGGAGCAGCACAGCCCAGGCUUGGACCAGAGGAGCGUCUACACUGCCAAGGAGCUCCAAUAUGCCGUUGUCGUCCAUUCACUGUGCGUCUUAGGCAAAGUCCUGCUCUACUCCAACGGGAGGAAGCUCUUUCCCGUCACAGUGAGGUCACGCAAAGAACCAGUCAGCCUGACAGACCUGCUUGUCAUCCUCAUAAACAUCAUCUACCAACACCCCGAGCCUUUGUGCGCUGAUACUUUACACACAGACUCGCUGUCACCCAGCAGCCUGGUGAUGUCAACGCUGUGGAUGAUAUGCGAGCGGGCCGAGUGCGCCGACGAGUGUCUCCACAAACCGGCCGUCAUCGAGACGCUGCUGGCGCCCGUCAUCGCUCUGCUCGGCGGUCACCAGGCCAGAAUAAAGAGCCCCGAGUCCAUACUGCCUCUCAUAGCUGACAUCCUGGCUCGUAUGGUGAACACAGACAGAGGACUAGCGCUCUUCUUGUACGAGAGGAACCUGCUGGUCGGCCAUGGAGAGAGAGUCUCUGCCGCUUAUGUUGUGGUUCAGUUCACCUUGAGGCUGCUGGAUGAGGAGUUAUCGUCGACGGGCAAAGCUGACGUGCCACGUGCACUGUGUGGGGCCUUCAUCUUUGUGUGCAGGCAGCUGUACAACACGUGCGAGGGCCUGCAGGUCCUGCGACCGUACGGCCUGCACAAGGCUGCCGCUGCUGCCUGGAGAAAGACCAGCUCCUUGUCAGAACGGAUUCUGUCCCCCGUGCCUGGAAACAACCCUGAAACAUCCACCCAGGAAAGGCUGCACAUGCUCGUGUGGGAGGAGACGUUGUUGGACAGCCUGUUGAACUUCGCCGCCACCCCCAAAGGCCUGCUACUGCUUCAGCAGACUGGAGCCAUGCAGGGGUGCAUCUCCUACAUGUUCUCCCGCUUCAACAAAAAGCUUCAGGUGAGCCGCUGUGAGAAGUUUGGCUACGGCGUCAUGGUGACACAAGUGGCGGCGACGGCGGCAGGCGCAGCGGCUCUGCACCGAUCCGGCUUCGUGCAGGCCUUGGUGCUGGACCUCUGGUCGGCUCUGGAGUGCAGCAGUGAGGACGCCAGGGUGGUCCACCCCAAGCCCACUCCUAUGGAUCCAAUUGACAGGACUUGCCUCAAGUCUUUCCUCUCCCUGGUCAACGUGCUCUCCGCCUCCCAAUCCUUGUGGCAGCUGCUGGCUGGACAGCCUUUAGCCAACAAGAUUGAAUACACACUGAGGGAGGUGCCAAGCUCUGUAGCCGAUGUGAUUGACAGGCUGAUUGCUGUGAAUUCGGCCGCCAAGAUCCACGCCCUCUUCCACUACGAGCAGUCGCACGCAUUCGGCCUGAGGCUGCUGAGCGUGCUGUGCUCCAGUCUGGACUCCUUCCUCCUGCUCGAGAGCCAGUACGGCAUCUGCUCCAUGCUGCUUCAAAGCCAGCGGGAGAACGUGGCCGACCGGGACGCCAGCAGCAGGAGCUGCAUCAUCGACAGUCUGUCCGUGGAGAGGAACCACGUGCUGGUUCGCGUGGCUCUGGUCGGAGGCCCGUCUGAGAGGAGACUUCCCCCUCGAGCCCUGCAGCAGGGGGAUGAUCCUUAUCCGUGGCCCAUGUUCUCAUCCUUUCCUCCACCAUCCUGCUACACGCUGGAUCCACCAAACCCCCAACACAAUCCACUGGAGCCUGAGAUGAGCGCCUUCUUGACCACCAAGAUGGAGGAGAACUGGAUGGAGUCGUGCCGCCAAAUUUACUGUAAAGUUCUGACCAGCGGGCAAAACAGCCUGAGUGGCGCAGUGCUGGCUGACCUCCUGGAGAAGGCUGUGGUCCAUCUGUCCAAAUCUUCCGCAGAACACGUCUUCUCUCCGCCUCAGCACAAAGAAGAGGAAGAGGAGGAGGAUGUGGAUGCCGUUGUCUUAUCGCCCGUGGAAAUCCUUGGAAUGGAUGUCUGUUUGAGGUAUGGCGCCUCCCUCAAGCUCCUCCAAGAAGAUGCACGCAGAGGCCUGACACUCCUCACCAAGCACGUGAAGAUCUUCUUGUCCCGUCAGAGAGUCCAAACGUCCCCAGAGCUGCUGGUCCAGCAUGAAGACUACCCGGGCCACGACUGGUUGGCGUCCACGGUGUUCCUGAUGAUGGCCGGAGACUGGCGGCGAUGUUGGACCGUGCUUGUCAAGCUGUCCUCUCUGCUCACUUCUGCCCUCAUCUGGCCAGCCAGGAUACACGCCUCUGUAGACGUGGCGGUGCAAGUGGCCGAGUCGGGCAUCCUUCCUGUCUACUGGAGCACGGCUCACUAUGUGGAGAUGCUCCUGAAGGCCGAACUACCGCUGGUCCACUCUGCCUUCAGGAUGUCUGGCUUCACUCCAUCCCAGAUCUGUCUCCAUUGGCUGACUCAGUGCUUCUGGAACUUUCUGGACUGGCCUGAAAUCCGCCACUACGUGUGCACCUGCGUCCUGCUGGGCCCCGACUACCAGGUCUACACCUGCAUGGCCCUCUUCCGACACCUGCAGCCCGACCUCCUGCGCCGCACGCAGGCCCGCCAGCUGCAGGUCUUCCUCAAGGAGGAGCCAAUCAAGGGCUUCAAAUUCUGCAACUACCUGGACUUCAUGGAAGUUCUGGAGAGACGCUACCGGAGCAUUGUUCUCACCGACAUGAAAACGAUUGGAAAGCCUGCCGACUGACCGUAGAGCCGAAUGCUCGUGCUGGUCUGCGGUGUGCAAAACCUUCCAGAUCAGGCCCCCCACCGAACAAAAACAGCAACAGUGGAGGUGCUCCUCAAGAUCCAAGCUCCAACUCCGUACUUCACAGUACUUCAUAGUACUUCCUAGUACUUCUGGGGCCAAAAGCAUAAUUUGAUGCUUUUAUUCCUUGGGUGCUGGCGGUCAUUGUGGCGGAGAGCACGGUGUCACAUGUGACUGACGAUGCUCCCCGGCAGCAUUGCCCAUCCUUUUGAGCAUUUGCAGAGAAUGCGCCCCCUUGUCAUCAUUGGCCUCUGCACCUUUUCUCCCAAAAGUUAGCCAAGCUGUAAGAUCAGGUGUCAAGCUGCAGCCACGUACCUGCAGCAGCAUGUCGUGGGACACAUCGGUUCCGGGACACGUUAGAGAGCGCCGCUUCGGAAUGAAAGAUGCAUGAGGACGUUUGCGUCACAGUGAUAAAGCCUCAUCAGUAACCACGGCGACCCUCUGCCUCGUGUCACUCAUCCCAGACACUGAUGGCCUGAAAUCCGCUCACAACAUCUCCCCCCUUCCCAAAUUGUCCCAGGUCAGAACUGAGAAGGUGGGGCGGCGCCUUCCAGCAAGUUUGGUGUUUGGUGACAGUGUAGCGGCGUCGGCCAUGAGCAAGCAUGACUUCGGUCAUCCAGAAGACAACAAAAGGUCCUCUGGCAUAUUUAACUUUGCCUGCCAGGUAACAUUUAAUUCUUCUUCAUCAUGACAUCACCACUAGUGUCCAGUCACGUGACGCCGCCACUUUUGUGGGGAUUCCUAUGAUAGGCCGUGAUUAGCAGUCAGUUCAGCUGAGUGACAUUAUCUAUUAGCAAUAUUAGCAAUUCCAAGGCUCAGCAAGCCGCUGGCCUCAUUAAUAUUAAUUUUCCCUGCCUGGUCGGCGGCGGGUAUUGUGUGUCUGGUGUGACAGGAAUGCUAAUGGCCUGCCUCCCAUUGUGGGGACGUGUAGAGUUUGUUUGUCACAUUGACUGAAAUAUGAAUUAUUGCUGUUUUAACCGCAGCAGACAGACCGAGCGGCGCAUUUCCAAGCAGCACACGACAAGAUAAACACGCAAACGUCAGGUGGAAAACACGCUCAUUAAAAGUGGAUUGUCAGGCAGACGGGGGCGGCCACUAAUGACUUUCAUAUUUUGCCUCAAGAAGGCGAAGAAACAAAACCUAAAACAGCCGCAGACAUGUAAAAUCUACAGUAUCCUUUGACUGUGUUUUGCAACACUGUCAAUAAGGCACAUUAUUUUAUGCUAACAGUAACGUAUGCAAGCCUCCAGCCUCCACGGAAAACAAAACACUGCUUUACCUUGCAGUGAUGAAACUGGCCAGCGGGGACAAACACUCACGUCCACAUAUCAAUCAGGUGUACGUCCAAAUGGUUAUUACUGCGACACAGUAAAUGAUUAUUCAGGACAAGGCAUUCCUAGCGCCACCGCUUUAUUGUUCACAUGGGAUCCCGCAGCGUGGUUAAUUUGACUUGUUUCUUUAAUCUCACUGCUAAUUAAUUCCACUGGUGCCUGUUGGCCUAUAACGUCGCCAUUUUCCAUCAAACUAUUGAUUCUCUCUUGAUGAAAAUCCAUUCUUGGAUCAACACCACAGACAUUUCAGGAUUGGCUGAAUUCUUAUAUUUAAUUCAACUCCUGUUGACAGAUGUCCCUUGGUGGGGGUUGGAAAUAUAUAUCAUAUCAUAUCAUAUAGAACAGUAAAGCUGAUGAUCUAUGGUACAAAAAUAAGUCAGAAUGAUGUCAUACUUUUAAGAAAAAUAUCCGCUGUGGCGACCCCGUAAUCAGGGAAAAGGCUGAAAGAAACAAACUAAUUAGGAGUGCAAAGAACAAUAAAACAGUCUUAGGAAGAUAAAUAUAUGACAUAAUGUAAUUUAAUGUACACAAUAUUAUGAUCAUAAAUGUUCGAUUAUCACGUCCUCACGUGCUCGCUUGAGGUUGACGUAAACAUUUGCAAUAAAAGUUACUAGAUGAGAUUCAGCUGGACAGCUCGCUGUGGAAGCUGAGUUCUGAGUGUGUCCCUAAAACUCCCUGGUUGUUUCUGCUGUUGUUAUUGUCUUCCUCAUUAGGGUUGGACCCUGGUACCGGUUCCGGUUCCAGAUCAGCACUUGAAAGCAGCUUUGCUUCUGCCAAAUGAAAUGAGUCUGUUUCGGUUUGUGUCUUUCUGCUGACUUGAGGAUCAUUACUGGGUCGCGUCGCUUUACGUUUGCGAGGGAAGAGGAAGCGCUGAGCUGGUGCGAGGGACUGCGAUAUGUGACGCGUAUUAGACGUGUCUCUCAGCAUCACACGGCCUUCUCAGCAGCGUUCCGAGUGGGGAGAGAGAGCCGGACUUGAGUCUGUCAGUUGAAAAGCUUCCAGAGGCUUCCUCCGGGUCACCUCCUGACGGUUGGGCUGACGAAGGCGCCCGGCGUCCCUCGCCGUUUUUUACAGAGCAAACUUCUGUGGAGUGAGGCGACAUCUGACCCCCUUUUCCCGACACUUCAGCGGGCCUGACGCCGCACCAGCUGAUGCACACUGGGGGGACAGAUAACCUUUUUGAGACGAGAGGCUCUUUUAUACGAGAAGACAGUCUUGGAUUUGUCAGAGAGUUCAGUGACGUGUCGCUGAGUGGAGUUCAAAAGGAAGGAACAACUUUCACCACGGCUGCUGGUUGACGGUGAUAUGCAGCUUUUAGUGGUUCCGUAGUCAGGAGCUAUGGAUGUAGGAAAACCUGUCCAUUUUUUGGCGGAUGCUCCGGUCAGCUGGUAGGCGCUCACCUCUCAACCUUCAGGUCGUGGGUUCAAACCCUUGUCUCCCGUGGCCUGCCAUGACCAGCUGUCUUUGAGCAAGAUACAUACUGAACCCCUGUAUCAGACGUCUUGGUUUGAGUCCCAAGAAAGAGAGAACAAUCUGUUGAUUUAUGAAGUUUAAGCAACUGGAGCGACUUGGUGGACUGGUGGUUAGCCGUGAUUUUAAACUAGAACCAUACUAGGUUUUCUCUGGAUACUGUUUCCCUGUCCCAAGGUACUGACUGACACUAGGAUCUGUAGGUUGGAGUAAUACAACAAUACAACAAUGCGACAUGUCUUCCAUUGUUGGUUUUUGUGUGUCCACCCAUCUUGGCCCAAUUCUAGAUUCAUCUCUGCUCCCUUCCUGUUUUGGACCAAAAUGAUCCCAAGCUGUAAAAGUACAAAACCAGCAUCUUUGAGUAUGAGUAUGUGGCAGUCUGGCAAUUCACCUUCCCUCCAUCGUCUAGUUUGACCCGCACGGCAUCAAGCGACUCAUUAAUCCCGUCAUAAUGCACUGUUUAUUUCAAUUAGCUGCGUAAAGCUCGUUAGCGGCGCGGAGGCCGUCUCGACCUGGCAAGGAGGCUAAAGCUUAGCGAUGAUGGCGGUUAAUGGUGGCCUUUAACAACGCUGCGCCACGCUGUUGUUCUUCAUUAUCGACUUUUCAACGCCGGUGCUCGCGUGGCAGCUAAUUGGUGCUAAUCAGCCUGAUGAGGCAACCGCAAGGUCUCGGCCUGCUCUCAUCCAGGAGGAGGCGACGUCUUAUCUCUCCUCACCUGAAGCGGGUGCUGGUUGUGAAGUGGUCCGUGACGGCAAUCCCGCCAUCGUUUCUCCUCUUAUGUUUGCAUUCCAUACUUUGUCACUUCUGCACUUAUCUUCUUGGGAAGAUUUAAUGUUCUUCAUCCUCAUUCCUCCUUGGUUCAGCUCCCUUUUUCUCCUUUUGUGCAUCAUCUCCGUUUGACAUGCAUGUGCUGCCUUGGCGGAACACCUCGGGGCUUUAGGGACUUCGCCAUUAGCAUAUCCAUUUGCUAUGGUCAAUAUUUCCCACAUUGGAGCUUAUUGUUGCUUGUGUGCAUUGAAAUCCAAUGACAGCACAGCUCGGUGACAAAGCAGUCCCAUGGAAAAUUGUUGGGAAAAGGUCGCAACAUCUUUAGUAAAGAUGGUAUCGGGUAUUUGUUCUUUCUUCUGACCCUACCUGCUACUCACUUGCUGGAUCAUUUUUUGCAGAGUGAUACACGAGUCUGGGAUAUGGAGAAAUCUUUCUUUAUUCCAGCCGGCAUCUCCUGACUGCAGUUCUUCCCACUAGGUGUUUUGUAUUUAUCUUCGGAUUUGGGAGGAAGUCAGACUCAAAUCCCCAUAAGUCCGAUAAUAUCCCGGUUCUGCCCGAGCUUUCAGUCAAUAAACAAGUGUCAUAUUCCAAUGAGAUGUGAAGCUACUCACAAUGUUGGCCUGUAAAAACUCUAGAAAUGUCAUAAUGUCUUCCUGUUUCUUUCCAUCCAAUAAUAAAAACAUGGUCUGCACUGUCAGUACUGGAAAGAACCUUCUGUACAUCACUUCCUCCUUUGCAUCUUCAUGAUGGUGCUUCUGUGAUGUCACAUGCUGUGUAGUAGAAAUCGUGUUGUCUGAUGUUUAUGUUCUGUAACUGCCGUAAACAAAUCUGUUCGGACACGGCUGGCUGGCUCUCAAGACCCGCGAGACUCCACAUCCAAACAUGCAAAUGUACAAAGUUGGCGCCACCGCCGAUGAAGGCCGGUUGUUCCCUGGUGUCCUCCAGCACUCGUCUCAGUCCAGUGGAGGGCGGAAAUGAAACGGAUUUCCCUGUGAACGAAUCUGGGAGUUGGCCAAUACAAACGUAAUGUAAAUCUACGUGCAAUACGAGGAGAAGCAACCUUGGUGUGGGAUCUCAUCACAAAUACUAAUACAAAUACACCCAGUUUUUAUAGAAAAUGGAUUCUCUUCCCCUGGUGAAAGUCUGACCACGUGUUCCAGCUCAGCUCAUCCAGGACUUGUUGGACCAGGAUGUGGACGAGGUGGUCCACAAGGUUGCUGCAGCGGAGGAAUGCGGAGAUUAUCCUGCUGGAGGGACCUAAACAACCCCGCUGCAUCCCGGUACCCCCUCUGAUGAGACCGGUCGUCAUGGCGACGCUGCUGCAGCAUCACCUCAUCCGGGACGCUAAACAAUAACCCCGCACAGGGUCGCAGGUAUGCUGGAGCCUACCCCAGCUGACUCCGGAAGAGAGGCAGGGUCCACCCUGGACUGGUCGUCGGUCCAAUUAUACUUUCUCCAUCUUCCACUCCUUCUCCUGAUGGAUGGACCGGAGUUUGUCCAGAGGAUCUCCCAGAGGAUCCAUCUCGGGGGCCUCCUCACCAGCCAUCCAGCCAUGUCCUUCUUCUUCAACCCCCCCAGAGCACGAAGGGGAAGACUGGCCACAGCAGACUG